AUGUUUGAUAGUCAUGAACACUCUGGGUUCGACUAUAUCGAGGUUUAUCUAUUACUCUUCCAGGCUCAACAUCAAGUUGGUGAAACAACGGAAGUAGAUAAAGUUGAUGUCGUGGACGAGGAGGAAGAAGAAACUAAGGCCAUAGUUGAUCAAAUGGUUAAUUUGUUCGGUACUGGGGACUACACUGCACUAACUCCGCUUCAAGACAUAGAUGAGGAGACACUACCAUUGAGGCAUAUGUAUUGUCCUCCCCAACACAUGAAGAACUUGCAAUUGAGUGGAGAUGAUACUUCCUCAGAUGUUUUCUACAAUCCUUCUCAACAAAUUGAAGGUGUUUUGAAAGUGGGAAACCAGUACCGAACAAAAGAAGAGUGCAUGAAAGCUGUAAGAAAGUUUUAUAUGGAUAACUUCGUUGAUUUUUACAUCAAUCGGAACGACGCGAAAUGCUAUGUUGUAGUUUGUCGUAACGCAGAUUGCAAGUUUUGGUUAGCAGCAUCCUAUCGGAAAAGAAGUGAUUGUUGGGUUAUAGGUUCGAUGGAUCCACCGCAUAGUUGCACAACCAACAUCAAUCAGCAAGAUCAUGGAAAACUAAGCUCUCAAUUGAUAUCCCAAGAGAUCUUGCAUCUUGUUGGCGCAGAUCCAUUUGUGAAGGUGAGCACAAUUAUCUCUCAUAUUGUUGCACGGUUCAACUAUACCCCAUCGUACAGGAAAGCUUGGAUUGGAAGAAUAAAAGCUGUUGAGCAUGUAUAUGGAAAUUGGGAAAGAUCUUACAAUCAACUUCCACAAUAUUUACUAGCACUUCAAAAUUAUGUUCCCGGUACAAUUGUAAUUUUGGAGUCACUACCAGCAUACACUCCUGAAGGAACAUGUGUUAAUGGUAGUAGGAUAUUCUCUCGUCUCUUUUGGGCAUUUCAACCAUGUAUAAAAGGUUUUGCGUUCUGCAAACCGGUUAUUCAAGUCGAUGGAACAUGGUUGUAUGGAAAAUACAAAGGAACAUUGUUGAUGGCGGUUGCACAAGACAAAAAUAAUAAUAUAUUUCCGAUUGCCUUUGCCCUGGUCGAGGGUGAAACAGGUGAAGCUUGGAGUUUCUUCCUCAGAAAUCUCAGAACACAUGUUGCUCCUCAACCCAACUUAUGUCUGAUUUCCGACAGACAUGCCUCUAUUGUGAGCGCCUACAACAAUCCUGCUAAUGGUUGGCGCAAUCCUCCUUCUGUCCAUAUCUACUGCAUAAGACAAAUUGCUCAGAAUUUUAUGCGGGAAAUGAAAGACAGAAAUCUCCGCAAAAAAGUUGUGAACGCUGGGUAUGCCUUAAACCAACCAUCAUUCAUGUAUUACCGCGGAGAAAUAAGAUUGUCAAGCGCGGAAGCAUUAAGGUGGGUGGAUAACAUUCCAGUCGAGAAAUGGACAAGGGCUUUUGAUGGAGGAGCCCGAUGGGGUCACAUGACCACAAAUCUAGUAGAAUCCCUAAACGGCGUAUUUAAGGGAACUAGAAACUUACCCAUCACUGCGUUGGUAAGAGCAACCUACUACAGAUUGGGGUCACUAUUUGCGGCAAGAGGCAAAAAAUGGAGCGCUGUUUUGGAAUCAGGGCAAAUAUUCAGCGAAUCCAGUAUGAAAUAUAUGAAGGAUGAAACUUCUAAGGCGGUCUCACAUAGAGUUAGACCAUUUGAUCGUCACAAUUACAACUUCAUUGUUGAUGAGACAAUGGAUCACAACGAGGGUCGACCAAUGGGACACUACAGGGUGGAACUUCAUAAAAACUGGUGCGACUGCGGAAAGUUUCAAACCUUCCGCCUGCCUUGUUCAUAUGUCAUUGCCGCAUGUUCCAAUGCUCGUCACGAUCCAUUCUUGCAACUGUCAGAAGUUUACAAGGUCGUGAACUUAUUUGGUAUCUACAGUAACAGUUUUCCAGUGGUAGCUAGUGAGGAAUAUUGGCCAACCUAUCAUGGAGACACAAUCUACCACAACGAAACUAUGAGACGAAACAAAAAGGGACGCCCCAAGAGCACGCGAAUUACAACUGAAAUGGAUACAACUGAGAAAAUAGAAAGACUAUGCAGAAUAUGUCGUCUUCCCGGGCAUACGAGGACUAAUUGUCCAAAUGUUGGAUCCAGUUCUAGAUAG